AUGAGAGAUAUUGUGGUCCUUGGAGGAUCUUCACAUCCUCUACUCACAAAAGCAAUAUGCCGCAACUUGACAAUUGAACCGGGCAAACUUGACUCACAUAAAUUCGCCAAUGGAGAAACAUCGAUCAUUGUGAAAGAUAGUGUUCGUGAAAAAGAUGUCUUUAUUGUUCAAAGUGGAUGCGGCCAUGUCAAUGAUACCUUCAUAGAAUUGCUUAUUACGAUUGCUGCUUGUAAAACUGCAAGUGCCAAGAGAGUUACGGCAGUGUUACCUUUGUUCCCAUACUCACGACAACCUGAUGUUCCCUUUAUGCCCAAUAGCACGGGGGCCCCUAGCGUUUCAACGACGAAGGAAACAUACACUUUUGAAAGUGCUCCAAGCACUCCAAAGCCAUUAUCGAAGGAUCGCAACAAAGGGUACUUUCAAACUAGUGAGGGAACCGUCAAUGCUCUGAACAAGGAGAAUUCUAGAGUGGACACAUUGAAGCAGCCACAGCAAGCGAAAUACACCCCCAAAUCAGUGAUCACUAAUUCUGCAGCGACACAUUUCUUGCCUCAGAUUGACGCUCAAGGAAAGACGGAAAGUGGAUACAAACAAUGGAUCUCACCUAAUGGAACAUUAAUUGCAAAUUUACUAACCACAGCGGGCGCAGAUAGAGUCAUUACAAUGGACUUGCACGAUCCACAAUUUCAAGGGUUUUUCAAUAUACCAGUAGAUAACUUACAUUCAAGACCAAUAAUGAAACGUUACAUCAUCGAUUAUAUACCCAAUUAUCGAGAAUGUGUGAUUGUGAGUCCAGACUCAGGUGGUGCCAAGCGUGCUACUGCAAUCGCUGAUUCUAUUGGAUGCACGUUUGCUCUUAUCCACAAGGAAAGGAGAGCCAAAUUACCCAAAGGACCACCACUGACUUCUUCAUCAAUGGGCACAAGUCUUUCCACUUCACAACAACAUACACAAAAUAACGCUCCUCAAUCUCCUUAUCAUCAAAGUACCCCCAAGAUGGUUGCUACUACCAUGUUGGUUGGUGAUGUUAAGGAUAAAGUUUGUGUUUUGAUUGAUGAUUUGGUGGAUACUUCAUAUACAAUCACAAGAGCAGCAAAGUUGCUUAAGGAUGAAGGGGCCAAAUACGUUUACGCUUUAGUCACGCACGGAAUAUUUAGCGGAGAUGCUAUCAACAGAAUUAGCAUGAGUCAAAUAGACAAGGUUGUCACUACAAACUCAGUUCCUCAGAGUGAAAACGUUGCAAUUUUAAAAGACAAAAUCGAAGUGUUGGAUGUGAGUAGAAUAUUUGCAGAGGCGAUUAGACGAAUCAAUAAUGGAGAGAGUGUGAGUAUGUUGUUUGAUUACGGUUGGUGA